CAAGUACAAACUCAAGUGGAUGCAUACUUAGGAUAUCACAAUUCACAUGCUGAUCACAAUCUGAUUGGACUUGUUGAACGUUGUUGAUUUUGUCACUUGUCCCUGAAGUGGGAGCGCAUCUCCCUUCAUGGCGACCUCUGCUAUUUGCGUCUCUUCGCAUUCAAAGCUGCUCUUAGCAACGAGGUCAAACGGCAAACAGAGCUCCCAUGAACGCGUGAAUGCAGUCCCAAUUGUCUGGCCCUCCCCUCUGCGCGCAUUGACAAGCACUCAAUUAAUCAGUGGUCAGACCAGACAGUGGCAUGAGCAAUUGGGCCAGAAGCUCUGUAGAGGGAUGGACAUUGCAAGCAAGUCUACUGGGGUACGCUGUGAGGGAGCUCAGGAACCAGGGGUGACAGCGGCCGAAGGCGAGUUCCCCAGGGCACCAAUCCUCCUCCCUGAAGGACCAUGGAAGCAGAUCCCCGGUGGUGUGACUGCAGCCAAGGGCUACCGUGCAGCCGGCAUGUACGCCGCAGUCCGGGCUGGCAAGAAGAGGGACUUGGCUCUGGUGGUGUCGGACACCGACGCUGUGUCCGCAGGCUCUUUCACCCUCAACGUCGUUGCAGCGGCUCCGGUCGAGUACUGCCGGGAGGUGCUGGCUGCCAAUGACACAGCUCGGGCCGUGCUGAUCAACGCAGGCCAGGCUAACGCAGCAACGGGCGUUGCCGGACGGCAAGAUGCAGACGAAUCGGCAGAGGCUCUGGCGAAGAUUUUGGGCAUCCCAGCUUCAGCCGUGCUACUCGAGUCGACGGGUGUCAUUGGGCGGAGAAUCAAGAAGGACGCUCUGGUGGCUGCCCUCCCCAAGCUGGUAGAACGGCUAGACACAUCUCCCGCUUCGGCGGAAGCAGCAGCCAUCGCCAUCACCACGACAGACUUGGUCAGCAAAAGCGCUGCGUUGGAGACGAAGGUUGGCAACACGACGAUCCACGUGGGCGGAAUGUGUAAGGGCUCGGGCAUGAUCCACCCCAACAUGGCGACCAUGCUAGGAGUUGUGACAACGGAUGCGGCAGUGACUCCGGCCGUGUGGCGGGAGAUGACCUUGAAAGCAGUCAAAGCGAGCUUCAACCAGAUCACGGUGGACGGAGAUACAAGCACUAACGACACGGUGAUUGCCCUUGCCAACGGGGCGGCCGGGGGCCCGACGAUCACGGACGCGUCGAGCGAAGAGGGAAUACAGUUGCAGGGCGCACUGACAGCGCUGUGUCAAGCGUUGGCGAAGUCGAUUGCGUGGGAUGGCGAAGGGGCCACCGUGCUGAUCGAAGUUCAAGUGACCGGAGCGCGCACCGAAGCCGAAGCAGCCACCGUGGCUAAAAGCGUUGUUGGGUCUUCGCUAACCAAGGCUGCCGUGUAUGGGCGUGAUCCGAACUGGGGCCGCAUCGCUUGCGCCGCGGGCUACGCCGGCGUAACGUUCAAUCCUGAACAGCUCAACAUCCGAUUAGGGCACUUCGAGUUGAUGGACAAGGGACAACCCAUCGAGUUCGACAGGGCUGGCGCCAGCGGUUACCUUAAGGCAGCGGGGGACGAGCACGGCACAGUCAUUAUCCAAAUCAGCAUUGGAGACGGUCCAGGCGCAAGCACAGCGUGGGGUUGCGAUCUGUCCUACGACUAUGUCAAGAUCAAUGCCGAGUACACAACGUAAGCGGAAGGUGUAUGAGUAAGGUGUCUGAUUACUUGCUCACAAUGGUAGAGGAGGUGUGUCCGACCACGGGUGAUGAGCUGGUCGAGGUACAAAAUGGUUAAAGGUACGGAUAGAUCCCGUCUCUUGAAAGUCGGUUUUCACUUCCGAGUCACGCUGGCAUCGGGGCCGCAAUUCAUUGAUUCGUUGGGCGCCAAUGUUAAGGAUCUACGCUUAACAAGCCCUAUUUGGAAUGCUGCCAGAUCGUCGGAACCAUGCAAGUACAUAUCACAAUUGAGC